AUGCGUGGAUUUCUUCAGCGAAAUUCACAGAAGCAAAGUCCCAAGGGAAAUUCGAAGCGGCCUGUUCACAUGCUUUGUCUGCCGAACUAUGUUGCUGCCUUACAACUAUUCGCUGACGAAGUAGCGUCAAAUGCAAUAGCCAUGGGCGAUCUACAACAAUUACGGCCGCUUGCUGAGAAAAUGGAGAAAGCUACUGAUAAAAUUAAGCUUUGGGGCGCUAUUGGACAAGUUUAUGCUGAUUACUGCAUGCUAAAAACAAUGGAUGAUGAGGAGGAUAGUGAAGAAAUGUGA